AUGGCCACUCACUUCCUUGUCUCCAUUAUCCAGCUCGUAAUUCUCUCAUCAGCCUUCAUAAUGAUCCCCACACCGACUUCAGCCAAAUUGGAGAAGCUAACGCACCUCCACUUCUACUACCACAACAACAUCGCCGGCCCGCGUGCCACCGCCGUCCCAAUCAACCCCAAAAUCCAACCCGUUGAUCUUCGAGACCCCGCCAGCCUGUUCGGCCGGCUGACCAUAGCCGACGACCCGCUGACUUCCGGGCCAAGCCUGGAGAACUCGACGGUGGUGGGAAGCGCGCAAGGGAUGUACGGCAGCGCAUCGCAGACUGAGAUGGCAUUUGCUAUGGUGUUCAACUUCGCGCUCACUCAGGGGAAGUACAAAGGGAGCAGCUUCUGUUUGCUAGGUAGGAACCCAAUUUUCACAAACCCUAGGGAGCUAGCCAUCAUUGGUGGCACCGGCGCUUUCCGUUUCUCUCGCGGAUACGCUAUGCUCAAGACGUUCUACAUGGAUAUGCAAACCGGCGCCAAUACCAUCGUGGAGUACGACGUUUAUAUCCGCCACUAUUAA